ACCGGAACCGCAUCUGCCGGCUACAGUGGAUCGCCGUACCCCAGUUGGCGGAGCAGUACAGCUUCAUUGUUAUUUGUCUACAGAGUCCUUACAGCCGUACUUGCUGGGAUGUCAGCUCUCAAUCAGCGCAGGAUUAUAAUGGUGGUGGCUCCAGCUCUAGCGGUAUGAUGACAGUGAGAAUGAUCCGAUAACAUGGAUAUGUUCUUGUGCUCAAUUUUAUGGAAUGUCUUAGCCGCCUCAUAUCCGGGCUGUUUGCCGCUGCGACUGUCUACCCGGGAAUCCCUGAUGGCUGCUUCUACUCAUCUACAAAUCAAGUCGAUGCCUGGAACAGUUGUGCUCUGGGCGAUGUAAUUAGCGCCCCAACGGCCUGGGGUGGCUACAAAGGAUCACGUCCCCGGAUGCAGAUCUACCAUGUAGCAUAGACACGAUUCUCUAUCGGCAAAACUACUACGAAACUUGCAAACAAUGGGCAGGCGUCUUUGGAUACGACUAUGACUCUCCUGUGUCAACUUCAGCAAUACCCCCAAGACGAACUAUCAAACUACUAAUUGGGGUCGUAGUUUGGAUGGGAUUUUCGCAACGGUAGUGGGCCAUACUGUUCCCAUUCAUGGGACGCAGGAUAUGGUUUGCCAGCCGUUCCCCAUGAUUGUUGAAAAUUUCCACCAAACAUGAUACGUGAGGAGAAGGAAAGUACCUGUUAUGACCCCUUUCUAGAAGCUGCCGUAUCGCGUUUAUACUCCUGGCAUGACAAUAGAAUUCCAAAGCUAUGUUAGACGACCCGUGGAUUCAUACUGAGGAGGCCCGUUAGGUGGCUGUGAG